GUGCUUCCUGGAAAGGAAGUGCUGCACAGGGUUACCGAGUUCAGAGGAAGUGUAGCGAUGCAGCGAGCUGAUGGAUCCUUCAAGGGCUGUGCUGCUAUCCAGUGCCUUGGGAGGCCUCAACUCAACACCUCUCACCUCACCGAUGCCUUUGGGUACUCCAUUUCUGGAGCCAGCUGCACCAGAAGAGCCCUGUGUGCUACAGGGGGGCUGCACUUCCAGGAGAUUGGGUCCCUCAGUGUGGGUCGUGCCAGGCAAACCCUUGCAGCAGUGUUAAAAAGUGUGGUGGAUCCUAGCAUUUGCAUAUAGCACACCAGGAGGAAAAAUACACUCAGUGCUGUGAAAUGUUCAGAUAAAAGGGCUAAGAGCAGAACACCGGUGCCACAGGAUGUUUCUAAAGAGGGAAAUGGGUCAAAAUGGAGUCGUUUCCCUACCGGAGCAAAGUCAGGAGAUUUCCCUGAGCCACCAAGCCUGCAGCCAGCCCCAUGCAGUUCUUGGUUUUGGCCAGGUUUGCUCCUGUGUUGGCUCCAUGAGUGGCAAGGAUGGAAAGAAAUGCUAGCAGUGCCCAUGCAAGUCUGCAUUGAGUUGCAAGCACAUGCUUCUCUCUAAGUGUAUUUUCUGUGCUGCAAUACAGAAAUUUUUCCCAAAUGAUGACUGCAUCUCAAGUGCCCUGAACUAUGUUCUGCUGCUGAGACUUGCUAGCUCUUCCUACCUGAGGCAGGAGAAACUCAACCAAAAGACCCACAGGCAACAAAAAGCAGUAAGCUGGGAACUGGGAAUUGCUGUUUUCCACAGCAGUGGGUUACUGUGGAUGGGUUCAUGCCUGUUUCUAGAUCUGCUCCUUAUUGCACAUGCAAGAAGGUAGCAGCUCCAAAGUUGUGUGCUCCUGUCUGUGGAUGGAGAGCCUGUUGGCAUGUGACCCUGGCUCACCCUGCUGGAUCUGGUGACAUGAGCAGAUCAGAAAGCAAAUGGUCCCUGCUUUGGCACUUCCUACUUCUGCAUUGUCACCUCCAGAGCCACUAGCAUGGGCUACUCCCUGAAGCACUGCUGUCCUAGGGGCUGACUGCACAUCUUUAGUCUUCUGAGGAUCAUACUAAGGAUAGAAAUAGUCCCAGAGAGCACAGACUGGAGGACAAAGAAGGGGAUCCCAAGCAGCUUCUCCUUGCUGCUGUCUGCAUGGGCUGAUCCACAGAUUCUUACAUUUACAGCACUUUGUCUGCCAGGGUUGAUAUUCCCUUAAGGGCCAGUGGAGACAUCCUAAUGAAUGUUUUAAAGUGCUAAGUGGCUUUGCUUUGUAGAAAAUACUGGUCCUACCCACUCCAAAUGUUCUAUGAUCCUGAGCUUUUCUUCUUAGAUGGGACUGGUGCUCCAGCGUGCUCACAUUAAGCACCUGCACAAGCAGUGUUUUUGUGGCACCUGCUGAGGGGACCCGUCCCCUGCCCGGGAUGCGCGUCAAUGCUGUCGGGGGCGGCAGGAGGGGGCGGCUGGGCUGUGGGGAGAUCUGUGGCUGCUUGGGAAUUUCCUCAGCUGCGUUGGGGUGACUGAGGUUGCCUAGGGCUGGACUGACCUCCUGCCUGCAUCGGGCUAGCAUGGAACACGGUGUCCCUGGACUUUCUGUGGCUCCCAGUGCCACCUCCUCCGCACUGUCCUCCUUUGAGGGUCCAAGUUUCACAGCCAGAGCUGGGGCUUUUCUUCCUUUCCAUCUCUGCUGUUUGUCUCAGAGAAAACCCAUCGUGUUGUUUUUCAACUGCCUGAAGGUGUUUUUUGGGGGUUUUUCAGGCUAUUUUGAAGCUCAUUUUUCCCAGAUGUGCUUUUUUUUUCUUCUUUUUCUUUUUUUUUUUUAAUUGGUUUUUUUAAAAAAAAAUUCUUCUGUAAAUUUUCUUCUUUGCCUUAAAGUUUCCGGCCACGUGACUUUCAGCUUACAUCCCUGAGGUUCUGAGAAACCACAGGAGGCUGAGACCUAAAGGGAAGGUGCAGAGGCUCUGAGAGGAGAGGCAGCGAAAGUGUUGGAGGGCAGGAGGACAGAGUGCUUCUGGGACGGGUGAGAGCAGGGAGCCAAGGGCCACACCAGAGGUGACAGAGGAGGACAGAGAAGAGGCAGAGAAGCAAGACAGAAAGCAAGAGCACAAAGGAAGCUGAAGAGACCCUGGGAGCCAGAAACAGCAGCUAUGCCCCACAGCUCCGACAGCAGUGAUUCCAGCAGCUUCAGCCAGUCUCCCCCUCCCAGCAAGCAGGACUCUUCUGAUGACAUGAGGAAAGUCCAAAGGAGGGAGAAGAAUCGCAUUGCUGCCCAGAAGAGCCGCCUGAGGCAGACCCAGAAAGCAGACACGCUGCACUUGGAGAGUGAAGACUUGGAGAGACAGAAUGCUGCCCUGCGCCGGGAGAUCAAGCAGCUAACAGAGGAAAUGAAGCACUUCACCUCGAUGCUGAGCUCCCACGAACCACUCUGCUCCAUCCUGACAUCCCCUCCACCGCCUCCAGAAGUGCUUUAUGCCACACACUCUUUUCACCAGCCCCACAUUAGCUCCCCACGCUUCCAGCACUGAGCCAGCCUGCAGGACAGCAGCCUGCCAGCUCCACUGAUGGAGAAGUAACUUUGUGGGGCUUGCUUUUCCAUCCAAGGGAAGGAAUUGGACAGAUAGACAUUCCUUCUUAAAGUAUGUAUUCUGAGUGAUUUGCCUAAGACUUGCUCCCUGUGCAGAAAUGGCAGAGCCACCAUGAGGUAUCUUUGGACAGUUUCCAGCUUGGAUUCUGGGAGGAAGAGGCAGUCACAAAAGAGCACCAACCCCCUUCUCUGGUCCUUGUUUGGGGAGACUCACAGGAGUGUGCAGCACGGCAACCUCCAUGAGAGCAGCUGGCUGUGGCACGCAACAGCCAGAGCUCCAGGAAAAGGACAGGGAGCAGGGGUGGAGGGGAAGGUUGGGGGCCACAGAGUGUCAGGGCAA